UAUGGCGCACGAGUAAAGAGGAAGCCACGUUGACACGAAAAGUAGUGUUUUCUGUUUUUUUCCUCACGCAGGUACACAGUCAACGUACACUUGGCAACUCAGGAACCUCCGUCGGAACAUUUAGGGAAAGGUCAGAGACACCACAUCAUCUGACAGGAUGAGUGUUGGAUUCAUUGGAGCGGGCCAGCUGGCUCACGCACUGGUGAAAGGGUUCACGGCUGCAGGUGUGAUUGCUACACACAGGAUCACAGCCAGUUCCCCAGACUCCGAGCUGCCCACAGUGUCAGGCCUGAGGAAAAUGGGGGUGAACCUGACGUCGAGCAACAAAGAGGUGGUACAUAAGAGUGACGUGCUCUUCCUGGCUGUGAAACCCCACAUCAUCCCCUUUGUUCUGGAUGAGAUUGGGCCAGACAUCGAGGACCGUCACCUCAUAGUCUCCUGUGCAGCAGGCGUCACCAUGAGCUCCAUAGAGAAGAAGCUGCUUCAGUAUCGUCAAGCUCCUAAAGUCAUGAGGUGUAUGACGAAUACCCCGGUGGUGGUGAGAGAGGGAGCUACAGUGUACGCUACUGGGACGCAUGCUCUGGUGGAGGACGGCAAGUUGCUGGAGCAGCUGAUGGCCAGCGUGGGUUUCUGUACGGAGGUGGAGGAGGACCUCAUUGAUGCUGUCACUGGGCUGAGUGGCAGUGGACCGGCCUACGCGUUCACAGCCCUGGAUGCUCUUGCUGACGGAGGAGUGAAGAUGGGUCUGCCCAGAAGGCUGGCUGUCAGACUUGGAGCUCAGGCCCUGUUGGGAGCCGCUAAGAUGCUGCUGGACUCGGACGAGCACCCCGGCCAGCUGAAGGACAACGUGUGCUCUCCAGGGGGCGCCACCAUCCACGCCCUGCACGUCAUGGAGAGCGGCGGAUUCCGCAGCCUCCUGAUCAACGCAGUGGAGGCUUCAUGCAUUAGGACACGGGAGCUGCAGUUUCUGGCCGACCAGGAGCGCAUCUCCCCAGCAGCCAUUAAGAAGACUACGCUGGACAAGGUGCUCCAGCAGCCCGGAGUUACAGUCAGCGGAGUGGCUAAUGGGAACGGCAGGUCGGGGCUCAGCCUGUUUAACAAUCGCGGCCCCAAUAUCAAGAAGAAGAACUAAGUACACACACAAACGCUUAUACAUCUGGUCUGAGCACACAUCCAAAUCACUUAAUACCAAAUUAUUUAUUCAUGCAGAAGUUCCAUGCGGACAUUGGACCUGCAAGUGUCACUACCACAUUACACACAAGCACAGGUGCAUUCUGGGAGCUUUGUAGACAGUUGUAGCCUUAUGUUGGGAUGCAGGAUUACUGUCUACACACAAACACACAGAAGAGCAAAAGUGCAUUUACAAUCUGUAGUCUGUCUGUGUUUGAAAUCAAGACUAUCCAGAGCUGUCGCACAGUAACGACCAUGUGGGCCUUCAUGGGAUCCUGGUCCACACAGGCAGCAGAUGGCUGCUGGGAGAACAUCACGCUCUUAAUGAUUGUCUUUAUUUUAAAACCAAAGCCAUAAUGUAAAUCAUCCUGUACACCUCUUUUGUCUGCGCUAGUACCGACAGUAGUAUACUGUUUAAAAAGACUGAAGAUGGA